GAAAGACUGAGUCUGGGCCAAAAAAAAGAGACUGAGAGCAUGGGUGGAGCCCAGUUAACCAUAAAGUUAAGGGGUAGUAGGGUUUUAGAACAGGGAGAAGCGAAGGGUGAAACCACGAAACCAAAGCAGCGAGCGGCAGCUUUUCUUCUGUAUCCCAAAAUGGUUGCUUUCAGGUUUCAUCAGUACCAGGUGGUGGGCAGAGGUCUCCCAACAGAAGCAGAUGAGCAUCCGAAGAUUUACCGUAUGAAGCUUUGGGCCACCAACGAAGUCCGUGCCAAAUCCAAGUUUUGGUACUUUUUGAGGAAGCUGAAGAAGGUGAAGAAAAGCAAUGGACAAGUUUUGGCCAUCAAUGAGAUUUUUGAGAAAAACCCUACCAAGAUCAAGAACUAUGGCAUUUGGCUACGAUAUCAAAGUCGAACUGGUUAUCACAAUAUGUACAAGGAAUACCGAGACACAACUCUCAAUGGUGCCGUAGAACAGAUGUACAAUGAGAUGGCAUCUCGUCACAGGGUGAGGUUUCCUUGUAUUCAAAUCAUCAAGACAGCCACUAUCCCUGCAAAACUUUGCAAGAGGGACAGCACCAAGCAGUUCCACAACUCCAAAAUCAAAUUCCCACUGGUAUUCAAGAAGGUCAGGCCACCUACUAGGAAGCUUAAGACAACAUACAAGGCAUCCAGACCCAACUUGUUUAUGUAAUUGUCUUCAUAAUUGGUGGUGAUAGGCUAAAAGCCUUUAGUUUGAUUACUUCCCUUAAUAGAUUGAGAGGACAGAUCAAAUUUUGAACACUUUGUGAAGAUUGUGGUUUUGAUAAGUUUACUUUUAAUUUGAUGAGCAUGGUGAAUUACAAUUUAUAUUAUUUGCAAUGUCUGGUUGGAGAGUAAUGAGUAUGAUGUUUCUGUUGGUUAUCACUUGUGCUAUCAGAAAAAGCUUUCAACCUGCUUAAAAAUGGUUUUUACUUUUACAGUUGCAAUUUUACCUCUUAUUCACUCUUGAAAUAUGUCUUGUUAACUUUGUAAUUUAUAGCUUAGGUAAAAGUCUUGGAUGGACCAAG